ACUUGGGAGGAGCGUGCCUCCGGUCCCCGCCCUGCUAGGAUUCCCCCACCCGCCCAGUCCGGACUGCGCAGGCGCAGGCGGCAGAGCGUCCAGGCAGAGUCCGAGAUCGCUCCCUGGACAUCACCGCUACUUCCAGACCUCACCAUGGGCCGAUCCCGGCUGCAGCUGCCGGUCGUGCUCUGCUUGAUGCUCGGCGCGCUCGUGUCUUCUUCGGGGUCCUCCGGCGUCCUCAAGCGAGGCCCCUUGGUGACGGACAAGGUCUUCUUUGACAUGAAGAUUGGAGACAAAGAUGUGGGUAGAAUUGUGAUUGGCCUCUUCGGAAAAGUUGUACCCAAGACUGUGGAAAAUUUUGUGACUCUGGCAACGGGAAAGAAAGGCUACGGGUAUAGAGGAAGCAUGUUUCAUCGUGUCAUCAAGGACUUCAUGAUUCAAGGAGGGGACUUCACUGCAGGAGACGGCACCGGCGGUACAAGCAUUUAUGGCAAGACAUUUCCUGAUGAGAACUUUAAACUGAAGCAUUAUGGCAUUGGCUGGGUCAGCAUGGCCAAUGCUGGGCCUGACACUAACGGCUCCCAGUUCUUUAUCACCUUGGCCAAGACCACCUGGUUGGAUGGUAAACAUGUUGUAUUUGGAAAAGUCCUCGAUGGGAUGACGGUGGUGCACUCCAUAGAACUUCAAGCAACCGAUAAGAACGACCGCCCACUUACUGACUGCACCAUUGUCAACAGUGGCCAGAUAGAUGUGAAAACGCCCUUUGUGGUUGAGGUUCCUGACUGGUGACACAAAUGACAGAAAACAAAGAACAUAAAAUCCAUGUGUGCAUGUGUCUGCUGUCCACCAGCUAUCUUGUUACUUUUUAAAAAUAUCCUCUCUUAAUUUCCAAGUCCAGAUCACAGGAAAGAUCUAAAAAUCAACCACACAGACAGGUGGCACACACCUGUAAUCCCAGCACUUGGGGAGUGGAGACAGGAGGAUCAAGAGUUCAGGAUCAGCCUUGGCUACAUAGUGAAUUUAAAGCUAGUCUGAUCUAGAAGAGACCCUAUUUCAAAAAACUAUAACAACAACAACCACUUACUCAAAGUUUAGUGUGCACAAAUUUUGGUAAAUCAUCUGCCUAGCCACUUUAAAUUGAAAAGACAUAUCCCUUUUCUCUGAUAGUGCUAUUUUUAAACCAGUAAACUUUGUAUUGGAUAUUUAUUUUUAAGAACACUGUCUAUUUGUUUAAUUUUGCUCAGUUCAUUCUAAUCUCCAUGUUGAGUGGUGCUGAAGGUUUGUUUGAGAAAGGUGACAACUUGAUGUUUGGUUUUCUGUGUUUAAGCAAUUGUUUUCAGAUAAGGGAAAUCUGAGUAGGAUCAUCUGUGAUAUAUCAUUGGAUUUUGGUGCUUUGAUGUUCUUUAUAUUAAAUACUUUUUAUAUGAAUUAA